AUGGAGUCGUCGUCCAUACCAACUGAAACGGAAGAUCAUGAAGAUGCCGAGGAACACGUGAUUUCAUACAAGCAACACCUGAAAGAUGUCUUUUUGCUGACCUAUCCAAUCAUUCUUUCGGAAAUCUUUCAAAACACUCUUCCGGUUAUGGACAUUGCAUUUGUAGGUCAAUUGAGCAAGCAAGAUUUGGCUGCCACUGCGUUGGCUACCGUCUGGUUCAAUCUAUGGAACUCUUCCAUGACAGGCUUCAUGACUGCCAUUGACACCUUGUUGUCGCAAUCGUAUGGGGCAAAUCAAUACAAAAGCUUUCAGAUUUGGACGGGAAGUUCAUUAGUCAUUGUCUUUGGCACGACGAUACUGGUGUCGGGUCUUAUAGCGCUGUGCGGACCGGCCAUGCAUCUCUUUGGACAAGAGCCUGCUCUAGCCGAUGCCGCUGGAGAAUUCUCGUAUCGACUGAUCCCUGGUUUGUUUCCAUAUUUUCUCUUUAAGGUCUUUACAAAAUACUUGCAGACUCAGAACAAGCUGGCACCGGGUGUUUAUAUUGGUAUUCUUGCGAAUGGAAUGAACGCGCUAUUCAACUGGCUACUGAUCUUUCACCUAGGCUGGGGAAUCAGUGGAGCGCCAUGGGCGACCACUCUAACACGAGCCAUGGAACUGAUAAUGAUGUGUGCGUACUUGCUCUUUUCUAAGGAAAGUUUACAAGCCACGUGGCCAAAGUUUUCCAAACAGAACUUUCACUUUGCAAACCUAAAGCCGUUUUGGAAGUUGGCAGUAUCCGGAGCCUUGUCGAUUACCGCCGAAGCCUGGUCAUUUGAAAUCACAACCAUCUUGGCAGGUCUGCUUGGAGUGAUUGCACUGGAUGCCCACAUUAUCACAUUGACGGUCGCUACCUUUAUCUUUCUGAGCUUUCCGUUUGCCAUUGGAAUUGCCGCAUCCAUCCGAGUCGGUCAAUUGAUUGGCGACCAGCGGGCCAAGGACGCUCAGCGAUCCAGUCAUGCGUCCUUUGUCUUGAGCGGUGUGGUACAAUUUAUCCUGUGCAUUGUCUUGGUGGCUUGCAAGGAUAUUGUGGGAGAUCUAUUCAGCGACGAUGCCGAUGUAGCAUCUUUGGUAACCAUCCUGGUUCCAAUUUCGUGUAUCUUCAUGAUGGGGGAUGCCAUUCAAGCGACAAUUGGUGGCGUCCUACGGGGACUCGGUCGUCAAAACUUGGUUCUGUGGCUCAACAUUCUUGGAUUCUGGGUAUGUGCUGUCCCGAUUGGUGCUGUUUUGACCUUUGUCGUUGACAUGGGUGUGAAUGGACUCUGGUGGGGAUUCAAUAUUGGAAUCUAUACAUCCGCGGCGGUGGGGAUUUGGUUCCUCAAGUUCCGCAUAGACUGGGAACAAGAGACCAAGAAGACUGUCGAUCGCUUGUCGACGUUGAAAAAGUCAGACGAAACGAAGAGCGGGUCAACAGAGCCAACUGAAAAGAGAGACGAAUUGAUCGACGAACCGAAAGAAGAGGCGAUGUUACAAGAAGUGCAAAACUGCUAG